CCCAGCCUUCACUUCACGACCAAAUCUCUAAAGAAUUUUCAUUGAUCAAUGUUUUGAGGUGUGUUAGGUUUAUGUUUAGUUUUGAAGUGUUUUAAAUUAAUCUAAUCUUUUGUAGCUAUUUAGUACUUCGGUACUAAACUCAAUUUGGAAUGCAUUUAAGGUUGAACUUUUUAUCACUUUGUAUUUUAAUUUUCCUUGGAAUCGCACAUACGACAGCGGAAGACAAAAAACUAUCACAGCCUCCAAAACAGCAGCUUUGGCAGCCUACGUCGUCGUCGAAAGAUGACAUCUAUAUUGAUGACGAGGCGUUAGAGGGCUCCGGUAAUCGGGAGAUCAAAUAUGACCUGGAGUCUAGUGGAUCAGGCUUCGGUCCUGAUGACGAGGACGGAGAUGGUGGCAGCGAUCCUGGCUCAGGAAGCAACACGGUUGGUGGCCGAACCAUUGUCGUUGACAAGCCUGACCCUCCACCUGUCAAGGAACCUCCCAUCACGAGGACUGAUAACACUAAUGUCCAUUCGAUAAAUGAAAAUGAAAUCGGCAGUCCCUACCACAAUAAUAAUGCUGAUAACGACAAUAAUGACGACAACAACGCUGCUGGUAAUGAUGUUUAUAUCAUGAACGCCAAGCAUGAAGAAAGAGCAACUUCAUUCUUCGCACAGCCUGGUAUUCUUGCAGCUGUAAUCGGAGGUGCGGUUGUCGGACUUCUGUGUGCCAUCCUUGUUGUCAUGUUCAUCGUCUACAGGAUGCGCAAGAAAGACGAGGGCUCGUACGCUCUAGAAGAGCCUAAGAGAUCACCCACCGCUAACUCGUACACAAAGAAUUCCAACAGGGAGUUUUACGCCUGAAUUUCGCCAUAUAAUUUUAUUUAUAUUCAGGCUCAGCGAUGAGAUACUACAUGGUAACUAAUGUGCAUGAUUUUAUAUUUAUUACGUUGUGUCCGCAGCUACGCGUCCAGUUGCGUAACUGUUGACUACUAACCUGUAUAGUAACGCACAUCGUCCAGACAGCUUGUGUAGGUGCGCUCUCUAACAUAUUUUCCCCAUUUGUUUAUCUUAACCUUAUUCGUCGUGGCAUGUAAAUACCGACUACUUUUUUGUUAAGUCCUCGUUUGACGUUUGUGACAUAAGAAAAUCGUCACUUUUAAUGUGUAAUGGAUUGUAUUUACCAGUGAAAAUUGUGUAGUAAAAUUGUGAUUAUAUUUCACUCAGAGUUUUCUGGAAUUUAUUGUGAUUGUGAAAUUUUUACAAAAUUUAUUUAUUUCUCAGUAUUCAAAACGUUGUAAGAGUAUUUUUGUAACAAACCACUCGGACUCGGACGAUAGCACAAACAGAGCGGCCCAUCGCAUUGACUUGUACAUAUUUGUGUCGUGUUACGAUUCUUCCUGUAGGCUACUUCUGUCUCUGUACAUACUUGCCUACACUUACUGGACAGUAGGCAACAGUCCAUUAAAUGUAUAUAAUCGUAUUUACUCAAUAUAUAUUUACUCAUAUUAAUAUAGCAUAGCUACGAUUAUAUUAGAUACACAACUUCAUACACCCUUCCGAGACUGUGGGAAGUUCAGAUCUGACUUUCGGACACCGAAGAAAAAUUUGUCGGAGUGAAAACAAAUCAGAAUUUUGUCACAUUAGUUUUAUAAUGAAUAAAGACACCUUUUCCAUUCAGUCAAAGCUCUUAAAACUGAGGCAAGACUCUGUCCACUCACUCUCCAUCAUGACCAAGCAGCUCCAGCAGCUUCCACUGUUUUGUUUGUUUAUUUAUUGUUACAUUGUCACUUGUGCCGUACCACACAUUCACUAGAUGAACUAAGUGGAUGAAAGUUGUAUGUAAGAAUUAUUUAGUUGUAGUAUUUUUAACUCUAUUUAUAUUAGAUAAAUUAGGCAAAAGCAGGUAUUUAUCGAUUUUAAAACCCUAUAACUUUAGCAUUUAUUAACAUUCCUUUUGAAGUUCUGCAUUUACGUGAGCCUUGUGGACGGCAGCUAAAAGGCCGCUAGCUAUGUGUUGUACCUACUCAGAUUUUAUCUUAGAACAAAAACUAAUCACUACUCGAUAGGAAUAUUUAUAAAACUGUUAUUUUUGACAAUACGUUAAUUUAAGUUAGAUGCAUUUAUUAUGGCUAUGCCACAAUAUUUUUUUAAAUUAGAGAUGAUUGAGGUUAUUGUUAUUUGUUUACCGACAACAACAAGGCUUUUAUAGAAUCAGCAUCGGGUGAAGUCGUAGAAUCGACUACGAGCAUGCAAUAACAAAGUAAUAAUUGUUUUGUACUUGUAUUCAAAAUGUUUGUUAAUAUGUUCUCAAAUUUAAUUUAAUGUAUGUUGGUGUUUUAAGUGUUUAAUUAUUGUUUUAAGCUUAAUACUCAUUUAUGUCUUAAACUUGGUAUUUAGGCAGACUGUUAAAGAAUGGCUAGGACCAUGACCAGCACAAGUUAGGCCCCCACCUUCAUUUCAAUCAUCUCUAUUUGUAAUUAACAAUGUAUAACAUUGAUGUACUAUUAUGUAUUAGUUUUGUCACCAAUGAUUAAAUAACUCUUUUUA